CCUUUUUCUUUUUCUUCUUUCUUUACAAGACCCACCCUUGUAAAGCCCUUAUAAAAAUGAACACUUUUGGUGGACCUAAUAUGGACGAGUACUUAAACAGAGACGAAACAGAUGGCCAUGGUCAGACAUGGUCUAAUUCCGACUUUCCUUCUUUUUUACAUGGACGUCAAUACAACCCAAAUGAAGGCAACUUUAACGCAAAUUCACUGGGUGCCAUCUAUGUAAGUAAUAUACCACUUUUAUCCCACCCACCACCUCAGCAACCACAGCAACCAGCCCAACAAUUUGACGAACAUGGUCACCCUAUCAAAAUCCGAAAGAAACCAGGCAGAAAGCCUAAUCCUGCUUCACCAGCAUUACGUAAAGCCCAAAAUAGAGCAGCCCAACGUGCCUUUCGAGAACGUAAAGAAAGACACCUGAAAGACCUGGAGGGGACCAUUCGACAAUUAAGAGAGCAAAGAAACAGCGCGAUUAAAGAACUAAAUCAAACCAAGAGUAAAAUGGACUCAUUUCGUGCUGAGAAUUGGUAUUUAAAGGGAGUGGUACUUACCUUACAAUUUGUGUGUUUGCAUCAUAAUAUUCAUAUCCCCACCCAUUCACCUUAUUUAACCGAGGAAGCAUUAAGUGAUAUGGCAAAGACAACACCUCAUGCGAUUGAAGCCUAUGUCAAUGCGUACACCAGAAAUAAUAUCAACUUGAAACCUACCAUGGCUGCGCAUUUUGCCAACGCGCCAGAAGAUGAUAAGGAUUUGCCUGUUCAACAGGAUGAAGAGGAAGAAGAAGAAGAGGAAAAGAAUGGCGAAGAAGAUGAUGAGAUGCAAAUGGACGAACCUGAUGGAUUAUCGCCCGAGACUCCCUAUGUUAAAAUAGAGGACGGAGAAGAUGAAGAAGAUGAAAGCAUGGCACAAUGGGUUAAACAGCAUAACGAAAACAAGAAGCGAAAAAAACAAGAAGAAGAAGAGAAUAAAGGAGCAGGCGAGAAAGAAGAAGAAAAUAAGCCAGAUUCGUCCAGUAUUAGUGCAAUCCAGAGAAUCAGACUUCAAUUAAGAGUCCAAUCUACUAUUUCCAAUGUAGGCAAAUCCGCUGUUCGACUCCAACCCACUAUUUUACAGUUGGCUAUACCUCAUGAUCCUCGUAUUGAUCUUAUCCCAACACCUCAUAUGCGUGACAGAAUGAUUAUCUUCCGAGAUCAAAUGGAUUACGAUCGUUGCUUUGCUAUGUUGUUAAACGGUGCUUUGUAUCAUGGUGGUGAUCCUACCAUGAGUGCCAGUUGGGAACUACCUGCUGAAUUCUUUACAGAGUUCUGGUAUCUUGCCAUCAAUUAUGAUGUCAACCGCACAAACACCUGGAGAAGAUUAAAGGGUUUGCCAGAGAUUAGAGGAGGUCCCAACUUGGAGGAUGAAUGGGAUGAAUCCAGUGUAUUUGACCAACAUCAACAUCACCAACAAGAACAUCAACAUCAUCAUCAUCAUAAUGAUGGAACAACGGGUUCUACGAGCAGUGAGACUGUAUGGACAGAUGAUGUAUUUGCCCAAAUGACGGCCGGUAUGCCCACAUUACAACCUCUCGAUUCACAUCAUUUGACAAGUGGAUUUGAUUUUGGUUCUCCCAAUGCAGAAUAUCAACUGCAUCAACCGUUAGAGUCAAGCACACAUCCAUUAUUCGAACAAUUAAUGGGGUCUCCACCUUCAUCACGACAUAAUCGCUCUCCAAGCAUAGGCGCCAUGAUGGAUCUUAUGAACUCACUUUCUACUGAUAUGGCAUAACAAUAUGAAGCCAAAAAACUAUGAAAUAUGUAUUCCCUCCCUUUUUUUUAUGCCCCCCUUUUUUUUUACUGUAAAUUAUAAAAACUAUUUGACAAUACAUGUCAUCUUUUUCCUUACGACCGCACAAACAAAAAAAAAUAUAGAUCUUUUUCAUGAUGAGUCAUGACACCUAUAUUAGUAUUUAAGUGACAGAUAAACUACGUCUUCACUGAUUUUAUUUUCUUGUAUUUUAAGCACU